AUGAAAUCCAACACACAUGACCUCGACGCUAUAAUCCUGAAACUUAACAGCGAACCGUCCCAAUCUGGACUUUAUCCACAACUUCGACAUAGAGAAAACGGACAGCUUUUCAACCAUAUCUACCCUGGCCAGCCGGAAAAAGUUUACGCUGCAGUCUUAGAUUUUAACGGCGAUCUCAUCGACCGCAACAAACCGUACCCAAAGCUACGUCACACAGCUUCAGGCCAUCUUUUUCGAUACAAGAUACUAGCUGUUAGGGACGUGAGUCGCGUACCUUCAAUUCUCCGCAACUGGUUCCAUUGA